AUGGCGACUCACGCUGGCCCGCCUCCCCCACCUCCUCCACCUGGGCAGUUCCGUCCUCCUCCACAAGGAGGUCCAGCACCACCGCGGCCCCAAGGUGGACAAGGACCUCCUCCCCAGCAGUUCAUGGCUAUGCCGAUUCGCCAACCCCUGCAACAGUCAGUCCGUAUUCAAGAUAUCACACCUCCAAAGAUCUUGGAUGAUGCAGCUUGUUUGAAGAAACUGACAACCUAUGCGGCGUACACAAUUCGCAAAGUUGCACCCCGCGAUGUGAAGGAGAAGCCCACCUGGGCCAGAGCAGAGGUGAUCGAGGAGAAAUACCCCCAAGAGGAGGUCUCCAAGCAAAUAAAGAAGCUUAACGAGAGCAAGCGAACUGUGUCCGAUAAAAAAGCCGCCCUCGCACCAUUCCAACAGGGCCAAAUUACAAGCCUCCUUGACGAUCUUGGAUCUAGAGAAAUGGAUCCAAAUUUCCAGUGGUCACUUGUGCAGAUCGAUCGAAAGGAAAAACCAAUCAGUAGUUCACGGGGCACAAGCAAAAAGUCGCUGUAUGAGACCGUGACUAUGACGGUGUAUGUGAAACGGGCACCCGGGAGGGAUGUCAAUCCAAUCCAGUUGUACCAGACUUUGGAGAGGAUAAAAGCGGAAAGAUUGAGACCACCGCCACCUGCUCAACCAAAACAGCAGCACCCACAACAGCAGGGCGGAGGGGGAGGACAAGGCGGUGGACAUGGUGGACCUCCAGGGGGGCAGCAACAGCACGUAAAUCGGGCCCCUCCCCCGCCGCCAGGAUUUGUUCAGCUCAACAGAGGUGGACCCCCCCAAGGAGGCAACCACAAUAAUCCUCAAGUUAUGAAGCAGCCACAGAGAGGAGGAAAGCGCCGCGGUCCCAAGAAAUACCACGGACGUGGUAGCAGCUCAAGUUCAUCAGGGUCCGACUCUUACGAUUCGGAUAGUAUGUCGGGAUCUUCAUCUGACUCAGAUUCUUUGGGAACGACUAUCAGUGCCGAAUCCAAGCGUCAUAGGAGACAUAGUAAGAGCGCAACACGCCGUCAUAGCUUCCACCGUGAAUCUCGUCCCAAAUACUAUCUCGAGGCUCGGUCUCCUUCCCCUCAGCGUCACCACCGAGCGAGUGAUGCCUUCGGUGGCAUACCAGCUCAGCCUCGACCUUAUGCGCCUGACGUUCCACGGGCCGUGCCAGCUGUUGACCCGAUCACUUCGGCUUAUCAAGCUGGAAAGGAAGAUGCCAUGGCUGAGAGAUUUGGCGCGGAUCGUUUUGCUCAACAAGCACAACAAAUUGCCCAACCUGUUGUUCAAGUAGUAGAGCGUAUCAUUGAGCCCCGACCAGUCGUUUCGUAUGGUCGCAUGGAACCCCAUAUCGCCGAACGUCCUCGACUUAUUGAGCCUCGAUAUAUUGACGAUAGAUACAUCGAUGACCUACGCUCUGUCGAGGAUGAUUUCAUUGUGAGGCAGCGUCGAGCUGAGGAGUAUAUUGACCGGAGACCGAUUGAGCUCGAAAGGAGGUCCGUUGAGCCAAGAGAGUUCUUCGAACGACGCCCAAGCGAUUACGAGCGAAGACCAUUCGAGAGACCAGAGUUCGAGAGGAGAUUCAGUGAGGUGCGACCCCUUGAACGAAGGGAGUAUCUGGAUCGGCCACCGAUCGGACGAGACUUUCCACGACACCAUUCUCCUCCAAGGGUUUUUCCGGGAGACUCGCAUCCCUUCGCGCCAACUCCACUUCCACGACGCUACCCCGUUGCUCCCAGUAGCAGUAGUAGCUUUGACCACGGGUGGUGA